AUGCAGGAAGAAGAUAUAAUUGCCCGUUUAGAUACAGCAUUCGACAAGCUUUGCUUAGCACCAUAUGCUAGCAAACUUCCAACUUUCUCUGGAGAUACAGGAGCAGGAAGUUUUAUGGAUUUUCUCAAUAAGUUUAAUGAAAUAGGAAAUAUAAUGGGACUACAGAAAGUAACCCACUUGGAAGGGACUGCGAAAGCAGUUUUUGAAAACUUUUCUGCCGCAGAGAAACGCGAUUGGCAAAUAGCAACUACCAAAUUGCAGCAAUAUUUUUCCACUGACCACUUUCUAGAUAUGGCUAGGGAAAAACUAAUGAAUAUGCGCAUGGAAACAGGGGAAUCCCCUGUAGUCCUUUCCAACAGGGUUCGCAAAGAAAUCCUGGAAGCAUAUCCCAAGGAACGCAAAUUUCUCCAAACAUUGGUGUUCACUAAUGCACUCUCAGAUCCAGUAAAACAGAAACUCAAACUUUUAGGUCCCUUGCCCACCCAGUAUGACAAACUGGUGCAAGAGGCAGAAAGAAUGUGGAAUCUAAUCACAACAGACCACAGUUACAUUACGGGAGAUGCACUCAUAGCAAAAAUUGAUCAAGUGUUGGACGACAUGUCCUAUCCAAUGAGUUCAGUUUGUUGUGAAGAACACCAAAAUAAGUCUAACAAUCCUACAUUGUACGACUCCAACAUGAAUAACCCUAGCGUAUCUAACCUUGGUAAC